GUUUCUCAAUCAAAUGGUAUAUAACAGUCUUAAAACUCUCAUUUGGUGAUUCCAUUCAACCUCAAUGUCCUCAUUUUCAUACUACUAGGAGCAUACCCCUAUGAAAAGAGAGGCACCAUCCCAUAACCUUGGUUUCUAAAACCCUACUUUCAGUAGCAUGCCACUGAAGUACUCAACCCUUCCCACCCUCGCACAUCCACAACUGAACCAAAUCCAUGCUCAACUCAUCAAAACCCCUGAUAAACCCCACAUCCUGAACUCACUUCUGUCAAUUCUCACGCACUCCUCCCCACACGAUGCCAUCCUCCUCUACCGCCAUAUGCUCCACCACCCCACCUCCCACAAUCACUACACCUUCACUCACGCCCUCAAGGCGUGUUCCCUCGCCAAAGCCCUCCAUAGGGGCCUAGCAAUCCACGCCCGCGCCAUUAAAUCCGGCCAUUACGCCGACAUUUUCAUCCAAAACUCAUUGCUUCAUUUCUACGUGGUUCAAGAUGACUCCUUUUCUGCUCGCCGGAUUUUCGACUCGAUCCCGUCCCCGGACGUCGUCUCGUGGACGUCGAUUGUCUCGGGGCUUUCUAAGUGCGGGUUCGAGGAGGAAGCCAUUGGUAAGUUUUCGUCCAUGGAUGUGGAGCCCAAUUGUACUACCAUUGUUAGUGUUGUAUCGGCUUGCUCCAAUUUGGGGGCUCUUAAAAUGGGAAAAGGUGUUCAUGGGUAUAGUUUGAAGAACUUGAGCGAAGAUGAUAACAUAGUUUUGGACAAUGCAUUAUUGGAUUUCUACGCGAAACAUGGGUCUUUGGCUAGUGCACGGUACCUGUUUGAGAAUAUGCGCAAGAGAGACGUGGUCUCUUGGACUACAAUGAUAGGUGGGUUAGCGCAAAGAGGGUGUUGUGAGGAGGCGGUCCAGGUUUUUCAGGAGAUGGUGAGAGGCCAUGAAACAGAGCCUAACGAGGCCACUCUAGUUAAUGUAUUAACGGCAUGCUCUACUCUCGGCACACUGAGUUUGGGACAAUCAGUUCAUUUUUAUAUAUGCAGACGGAAUGAUCUCACCGUGGAUGGGAACUUGGGGAAUGCCUUGAUCAACAUGUAUGCGAAGUGCAGCCACAUGGGCAUGGCCAUUGAGGUUUUUAAUGCGCUCCCAUGCAAGGACAUGGUAUCGUGGAGCACCAUCGUAAGUGGAAUGGCCAUGAACGGGCAUGCACUGCAUGCUCUACAACUCUUCUCGCAAAUGCUGGUUCAUGGGGUUCCUCCUGACGAUGUUACAUUCAUCAGUUUGUUAUCUGCAUGCAGCCAUGGUGGGUUGGUUGAUCAGGGCUUGAUGUUCUUUGAAGCCAUGAAGGGUGUUUAUAAGAUUACCCCCCAAAUGCAGCACUAUGCUUGUGUGGUUGAUAUGUAUGGUCGGGCUGGGCUGUUGGAGGAAGCAGAGGCUUUCAUUCGGGAAAUGCCUGUGGAAGUCAAUGGUCCAAUUUGGGGAGCACUGCUUAGUGCUUGCAAAGUUCAUGGGAAUGAGGAGAUGAUUGAGCGGAUUAGCCCAUGCCUUAAUGAUGCUAGAGGAGUGAGUAUUGGAACUUUUGCUUUGGUAUCGAAUGCCUUUGCAGGUUCUGAUAGAUGGGAUGAUGCUAAUAAGGUUCGCGACAGAAUGAGGAGUAUGGGGUUGCAGAAGUUGGCAGGGUGCAGCUGGAUUGAAGUUGAUUCAUUGAUGCGGAGGCAUACUGAUCUGGGCAUUAAUAGUUUUGCAUAUGCAGCGAAUUUAAUAGAAUGCACUUGACUCUUGUAAUUUACAGAAUCAAGGCCAAGAAGGCAGCAUGUAUAUAGUCACAACAACUUGAAGAUUCAAUAUUUGUUGGAUUAGUAACUGAAAAUAAUAUUUAUUGUUGCAUACUUCAAUAUGUUUCCCAUUUCCUCUGGAGUGAAUUAUUGUACAAAGCAUUUGAAUAUAAUUUUUUUGCUUCUAUUAUCAUCA